AUGCGGCCACUCCACCCUCUCCAACACCCCGAGCACACGGAGCUCUGCAACCCAGCCCAGGAUUCCGACGACGAGAUCCGACAGGGUUUCGACCGCGCGCCUGCGUUCUGCCACCCCUUGCGCGUAGACCUGGAGGAGCUCGGGACGCAGUACCGCGACAGCGAUAGAAUCGCACAGACCAACCGCCUCUACGCUUUCUGCGAUGUGUGCAAAGGUCCUCUGGGGAUUGAGUCUGAGCCGCGCGGCGCUGGUGCUGAGAUUGAGAGGUCAGCACAGCAAUUCGACGACUACACCGACGAGGACCGCAUCGAUCACGCCAAGUGGCGCCAUCUGCGUCUUUCCGACGCGGCCAAAGUUGAUGUGGCGCUUCGGGACCUGCACGGCCUGCUGGCGAGCGAGCGUGAAGCAACGACAGCCGCGGUCCAGAGCAUCCGCGAUGAAACAGUCCAGAAGGCACCUUUCAACCCCCACGGCCCGGAGCGGUGGUGUCUGUUCCGCAAAGCGCACCAGGAGGCUGCGAGCCUACUGGCCAUCACAGAAACGUACAUGGCGAUGCGGAUGCCGAGAAGAUUCGUCAACGACGUCGUCGAGCGCGUGCAGGAUACGUUGAUGCUGUUGAUGCUGAUGCUGUUGAUGCUGUUGAUGCUGUUGAUGCUGUUGAUGCUGUUGAUGCUGUUGAUGACGUUGAUGAUGUUGAUACUGUUGACCAUGGUCGAAACGCUGGUAGAAGAAAGUCAGUGA